GGUUGGUUGGCAGUUGGGGUACUCCCGGUUUCUGGGGUACAUUACGUAUUGUGAUACUCGGAAAACUCAGUGGAGAUAGCACUGCGUCAGGCGGGGGGCGCACUGCUGUGGGAAACGUGUGACGACCAGGCGGCUUUGGAUCUGGCUCUUGCAGCGGAUGGUGUACUUCGAGUGGACACUUGGGUGGGGUUACAACCUAGCUGUCGUGAGCAGGCCGUCUGCUUCAAAGGGCCUGACAAAGCACUGUGGCCAUGGCAUCAUCUCGCCUUCGCCACUGUCUCCACUGCGGCCUCAUGCUCGCCUUCGUCUUGGGCUUUGAGGCCUACAGUGGCGCGUUCCGGUUGUCCGAAUUUGCCUACGAUGAGAUCAACCCAUGGGUCGAGUACGGCUACCUGCUAACCGUGUUGCUGUACAUGGUGCGACUGUUGACUUUCCUGGCGCUACCUCAGGUGCUGUUCAACAUAUUGGGCUUGGUGGUGUACAACACGUUUCCGGAGAAAGUGGUGCUGAAAGGCUCGCCGCUGUUGGCGCCGUUCGUGUGCGUGCGCGUGGUCACGCGUGGCGACUACCCGGAGCUGGUGCGUGCUAACACACUGCGCAACAUGAACACCUGCCUGGCCGCCGGCAUGGAGAACUUCAUGGUGGAGGUGGUCACCGACCGGGCCGUGCACCUGGCCAAGCACGCGCGCCUGCGUGAGGUGGUGGUGCCCAGCUCAUAUCAGACCAAGUCGGGCGCGCUGUUCAAGGCGCGCGCACUGCAGUACAGCUUGGAGGACGACGUCAACAUGCUGCAGGCCACCGACUGGGUGGUGCAUCUGGAUGAGGAGACGCUUCUCACAGAGAGCGCCGUGCGCGGUGUGCUGAACUUCGUUAUGGAUGGCAGCCACAAAUUCGGCCAGGGUCUCAUCACGUACGCCAACGAGAACGUGGUCAACUGGGCCACCACCCUGGCCGACAGCUUCCGUGUGAGCGACGACAUGGGCAAGGUGCGCUUUCAGUUCAAGUACUUUCACAAGCCGCUCUUCUCUUGGAAGGGCUCGUACGUCGUAACGCAGCUGGACGCCGAACGAAAGGUGUCCUUCGACAACGGCAUGGACGGCUCAGUAGCGGAAGACUGCUACUUUGCAAUGAUGGCUUUUCAGGAGGGCUACAGCUUCGACUUCAUAGAGGGUGAAAUGUGGGAGAAGUCGCCGUUCACCUUCUGGGACUUUCUGCAGCAGCGGAAGCGCUGGAUGCAAGGCAUCUGGCUGGUGGUGCAUUCUCGCGCCAUCGCGCUGCGGUACAAGGCGAUGCUCAGCCUCUCCAUCUACGCGUGGGUGACGAUGCCAGUGGCCACCUCCAACAUCAUCCUGGCCUAUUACUGGCCACUGCCGAUGCCGCAGCUCUUGGACAUUCUUUCGGCGCUCAUCGGUGCGGCCUGCCUCUACAUGUACGUAUUCGGCGUCAUGAAGUCCUUCAGCCUAUACCGGAUGGGGUACGCUCGGUUACUGCUCUGCAUCGUCGGCGCCCUCUGCACCGUGCCCCUAAACGUCACCAUCGAAAAUGUGGCCGUUAUUUGGGGGCUCUUCGGCUCCAAGCACCACUUCUACGUGGUUAACAAGGUGGUGAAGGGCAGCCGACACGAGGCGCACACGGUGUAGUGAAGCGGCGCUGACCCUGCCCUAGACGAAUGGCGCCGUCGGGCCGCUGCCUGUCUAUCGGCCGUUCAGGUCCAGUUGGUGCGCUGUGGAGAGUGGGCGACCCGUCAACGUUGGCGGCGGUUAUGUGGCGGGCGCUGGUGUGGUCCCGGCCCGCCGCUGUCGGCCGCGCGCCAGCCACCGUCUCACCAAAGAUACUUGCUGGUGACGCUACCCGCACAGCCAGCCCAGCACUCCCUCUGCGCUGGACAGCGCAGUUCAAAGCAGAAAGCGCAGUCAGAUGCGUACCUUUGAUUGAGCAGUUUUUAAUACUUUGCGAAUAGCAGCGGGCGUAAGCCCUCCCCGCCUCCGUUAGUAUUGUUUGCUGCCGUGUGAUUCCGUUGUUUUCAAUUAGCGAUGAAUCGGCAAAAGAUUCGCUUGUUAUGUGAACCCGUCUCUAGUCUGAUUUGCGUACAGCGCCACAGGAGUGUACUUGUAGCCACGCAUAGUGGCACUGUAGUCCAGUGAGCCGUUGCUAGUCCAAUGAGUCGUUGAGCGGUUGCGUACCGUAGUCAGCUGCUGGCGGUUUUUCCUAGAAGUGUCUAUGUUGCGAUUGCUGUUGGCAUGGGAUGUUUGGGGAGGCGGCGGCGCCUGCUGCAGACCUCCCCUACCGUUUCCGUGGCUUUUGCUGUCGGUCACCCUUCGGGCGCUGUGGCCGCUGUGCCGGCGCCGCUGACAUUGUCCCACACUCUCGGCUAUGGCGAAUUGAAUCCUGUUCGUAAAGGCUGACGACUGGUGUUGUAAUGGUGCCAGCCUUGCUCUGUGACUGCCUUUUGCACUGUGUCCUCUCCAGCCUUUGCAGUAGUGUACUUGCCCACCUAAUUUUGACACUUCCUUCGUGUGUUACAUGCUAUGACUAAGACAGGUGGUGGUCCACUUGUUUCACUGCUCGAUUUGGCUCACAUUUAACGUGGCGUGUUCCUAUUAGUACGCAGAAAUGAUUGUUGCGAUGUCCCUCACAGUUUGCAAGUUUUUCAAGCUUGCAAGUUUAACAUUCCCUUUCCUAUUGAUUGGAGCUGGACUGGACGAAGGCGAGGCUGGCCUAGCAGCCGGCUGCAAGCCUGACGUGGUUCGCCCCCGGUCAUGGCCGUACAGCCGCGAACACUGCCGCGCAAUGGGCCUUUGGCGUGCGACGUUACAGUGUGACGCUCUAUGUUGUGCGGUUAUGUGUUUCGACAAGCGUUCAUCAGCAAGCAUAACUUGGUCACGAGUUGUAACGCAGAUGACAGUACAAUAUGGCGGGUCAAAAGUGACCAGAAGAGCGGUGGUGACCGUUUAUCUGAGGGCAUUCUCCUAUUUUAACUCCAAAGCUCCCGUCACUGAAAAAUAUUGAUUAAGCAGAGGCCUUCCGCAUUCAGUUUGUUGUUCCGAGCCCCAAGAUUACGAGCCGUGAGGAAAACUUACGAAUGAGACGUGAUCUAUGUCACUGAAGAUCUCUCUCCUUUAGCCCGUGCCAGGCUAGCCGGUGACGGCCGGGACUGCUGCAUAUUUCUGGGCUGAACCAUGUUGGCUAUGGGCCGGGACGCUUGACCCCGCCAGUGCCACCCAUGUUGUCGUGCGUGCGCUAGAUUGUGUUGAACAGUGGUAGUGCUAUUUGCCCAAUACAGGAUUCCUUGGCUG